CUCGAGUACUUUUUUUGCCUUGUUUGGAUGGAGCCACCAUUACCGUCUCCAUGCAUGGGCGCAUCUCUAAACUAAACAACCCAUGCAUGCCUGCCAACCCUCCACCACAUCUGGCUACGUAUAUAUCCUUGUCCCUCGCCCCAGGACGACCUACUCUCCUCGGACGACCUCAUCACCAUUUCUUCUCCCCCGGGUCAUUGUUGUUUUUUAAAAGACCAAUUGGUCCGCGCAAUGGUUUGAGUUUCCAUUGCCAUCUUUCAUCUCUGUAUAAUACUUUGUUUGACCCCUUCUCGAAAUCCUCCCCCACUGCCACCAGCAUCCCAUACACGCGGCUUGGGUGUUGGUCAUUCCGUCUUGCCCGUGUCAUUCUUUGAUACCACCUCCAACGACGGACACAGACAAAGCGCUCUGCUUGUCCCAUCUACUACCUCGAUCGUUAGGGUCCUUCUAGACAGAAAGGAAGAAGAGACUUGAAGACAGAGCGAGAGCAGGACUUGGCUUCGGAAGCUGCACGACGACAACACAUAGAUCGAGCAAGAACUCAUCAUCCGGGACUCUCUCGACAGUCAUCACCACACGCUACUCUAGAUCCACGAGCGUGAUACCUCGUAGGAAGCAGAGCAGAUUGGAGAUACCAUCUAGAUUUCUCGCAUUCACAUCACCUUGGGUACCAGUUUGAAACUGUUGGAAAGUUCUCAGGUUGCCUCACCUUCAGCAGAACACCUCACACCUCACACACCUCGGUCAGAAAACAAAAUAGUGGGCCAUUUCAUCUGAAUACGCAACAAACAUAUUCACCAAAGGGCAAAUCAAAGAACAAGUCACGGGACUUGUUCAAAUUCACCAAGACGAUAUUCUGAGAAGGAAGGCACGCUCAAGGCCUGGACCUCCUGCCACCUCCUGACCCUUCGAGAAUUUCUCUGGACCAGAAGGCACAAAACCCAACUCCUUCUCCCACUCUCUUCUUCUCAUCCUCCUCACCCUCCACAACCAACCAACAACCACGCGCGCAAUUCCUCCCAUUGCGGCUUUGUUGGGUUCCCCUUCCCAUCUCCGUCAAAACCUCUUCACGACCUUCUCCGAAUUACCUCAGAACCACGCACGCGCACUUCCCAACCGCAGGAAGCAAUUCACGAUGGCAGACAUCAUGAAUCUCUUCUUGCCCAACCUUGGCUUCGGUUGGUCUCCUACCGCCUGGAUGUACCUGUUCAUCGCCCUUUGGCUUCAUCGCUACACUCGCCUGCUCGUCAACUGCGUCAGCCACUGGGUCUACAAGUCCAAGCCGAUUCCCGCCAACCCUACCUUCACGGCUGACGAUGUUACCGUCAUCAUCCCCACCAUUCACAAUGUCUUCGAGGAGCUUCGCCCUUCUCUGCUUAGCAUUAUCGCCUGCAACCCUCGCGUUCUGAUGCUCGUCACUACCAGCGAGAAGCAUGCCUCUCUUGAGAAGCUUGCUCGCAGCCUUCCUCACCCUAAUGUUCAGGUCUACUCUACCCCCAUUGCCAACAAGCGUCUUCAGGUCUGCGAGGCUCUGCCCAAGGUGACUACCAAGCUCACCAUCAUGGCUGACGAUGAUGUCACCUGGCCUUCUACAAUGAUGCCCUGGAUUCUCGCUCCCUUCGAAGACCCCAAGAUUGGCGGCGUCGGCACUUGCCAGAGAGUUAAGCGCGUCUGGGAUGGCCCGCUGUCCACUCGCAUCUUCAACUGGCUCGGCGCUGCCUACAUUGAGAGACGCAACUUCGAGAUCUCAGCCACCCACAACCUCGAUGGCGGUACUUCCUGCAUGUCUGGCCGAACUGGUGCCUACCGAUCUGAGAUUCUGUCCAGCCACGACUUCCUUGAGGGCUUCAAGACCGAGAAGUGGGGCAAGUACAUCCUGAACGCCGACGACGACAACUUUGUCACUCGCUGGCUCGUCAGCCACCAGUGGAAGACCUGGAUCCAGUACGAGAAGGAGUGUGAGCUUGAGACCACUCUGGAGAACAGCACCAAGUUCCUCUACCAGUGCUCUCGCUGGGCUCGCAGCAACUGGCGUAGCAACUGGACCAGUCUUGUCCGCGAGAGAUACGUUCUCACUCAGCAGCCCUGGUGCACCUAUGCUCUCCAUAUUGCAACCUUCACUUCCUUGGCGUUCCUCUUCGACCCUCUCAUCAUCUUUGCUUUGUGGAAGGGCACUGCCGACUGGGACGUUGAGAGCCGCCGCCAGGCCCUCUGGGCUCAGAUCAUCUUCGUGUUCGGUUUCACCAAGGUCGUCAAGCUCGUGAACCUCUUCCGUCGCAACCCUAGCGACAUUCUCUUCUUGCCUGUCUCUAUCCUCUUUGGAUGGGCCCAUGGAAUCAUCAAGCUUUACGCCUUGUCUACCCUCAAGAUGACCUCCUGGGGCAGCAGAGCCGAUGGUGAUACCAACGAUGACAUCCGUCUGACUCCUCGUCCCAAGCGAGCCAUGAGUCUGACCACGCCCCCUGGUGGUCAGGACCUCGUCCGCUACCGCUUCGAGCGCCAGAUGACCGAGAAGGUCUCUGACUGGCACCGCCCGACUAACGAGGCGCGUCGACCCCAGACUGUGCGCAUGAACACCUUCCCCGCGAAGGAUAUCAAGGCGCCUCACGUCACCUUCUCCCUCCUGGAGCACCCCACGGACUAGAUCCACGGCAACCACGAAUAUCACGAAUUAUGAAUUUGCAACACAUUGGUUUGCCAGAGGAGAAACGGGACUCUGGCUUGGGUGGCUUUCUUAUGUCUUCUUUCCUGGAACGCGGAAACAAAGAGGGUUAAUCAUCCACCCUUUCUUCAUUUUCUUUUCGCCUCUUUUCCGGAAAACAAAAUCACCGACCCAAAAGGACUUUGGAAGGGGAAAAGUUUUGUUGUUCUUUCCUCUUUACGAUGAAUACACGAACGAUCGCAUACGGGAAAUGGAACCACAGCACAGAAGUGCGUGUCAAGAGUAUAAUCAUCAACGGCAUGGAAACCAUUCAGCAUGGACAGCAGGAAUAGGUGGUUUGGUCAUCUGCUUCAGGGAUACAGUGUUUCCUCCCUGGAUUUUCUCGACUCUUGGUCUCUUUUUCUUUCGUUUUCUUUUUACCAAAAAACCCCCCAAAAUUGGCGAGGGCAAAGGAUUGGUUGGUCUUUGUGAUUUCUUUUUUUCCUUCCCCUCAAUUUCAGAAACGAAAGAGAGGUAGUCGGAAGAGGUACAUCGCGCGGCGGGCAACAGGGCAGGCAGCUUUGAUCUUCGUCGGAGGCAUUUUAUCCGAUGCAUUGCAAGACAUGGGAAAUCAGGAAGACACACAGAGAGAGAGAGGGCGGCAAGGCAUUAGACAGUUGGUCUCUACCAUUAUCCCAUCUUCUUUCCACUCAGACCAAGAGACAGCUUUCCAUAGACUGAAGAAAAGAAAGCAAAUUUCCACAAUAACCCAUGCCCCCCCAAAAACGAGGCUUGUGAGGUCUACUCCACUAUCUAUCAGUAGUUCAUGAUGCGAUGCGUGAUGUCGGGCAGCUGCAUAUCUUUCUUCAACACAAUUUGCAAAAAGAAAGGGCUACCGAGCCAAUGGGAACACAACGUCCCUGCAUCCUGACGAACUGGGGGAUCGACU